AUGGCUCGUGGUCAGACGUGGAGUGACAAGGAGGUAAAGGCUCUCAUACAAGUUUCAGAUAAAAUUAUUUUGCAGUUACUUGUGAACACUCACAAGAACAAUGAGGUUUCCAGGCUAAUCUGUUUGAAAUUGGAGAAGUUAGGAUUCCAGCACACAGUUGAACAGUGCCGCAACAAGGUCAAAAAACUUUGCCAACAAUACAUAAAAGUACGUGACAUGCUCAGGAAAAGUGGCAGUUCAGGAGACGUGAAGGACAAGUUUCCUUGGUACGAUGAACUAGAUGUUGUUCUUGGCACUCGACCCACGAGCAGCCCACAACAUGUGCUGGAGUCCUACCAAUCAGAGACUCCACCGCCAUCCACCCUGGCACAGAGCGACUCCGAAACCACAGAGAUGGCUCAGGACUCAGAAAAAAGUGAUAAACGUGACACUGACUGUGAAAUUGAAGAGGCAGCCACCACAAGCUCCCAGGUGGAUGAAGAAAGUGGCCAACCAAGGCUGGCUGUACCUGGGGCUCAGAAAAGAAACAAAAAGACAAAGGCUGACAGGUUGGAGAAAUUGUUAGAGAGCUACCUGGAUGAUCAGAGGAAAAGGGAUGAGGAUGAAUGCAAAAGAAUGAAGCAGGAGUCUGCAUCUUUUGAGAACUUCUUAAAAAUGCAACAGCAAGCUGAAGAAAGACAUUUCCAGUUAAUGCAAGAGCAGCUGAGGGCCAACACCAGAUGUUAUUUACAGAUGAUGUCUACUUUCCUUCAUGCUGCAAUGCCCCAAACCAUGACACCACCUACUACACAGCAGUGGAUGCCUCCUACUCCAGUCAUGCCCCCAUUGUGGCCCACUGCAUCCUCUCACCAGCCCUCCGCACAUACUCACCACCAGCACAAUAUACCAACCCACCACACUGCACCUGCACCAGCCCAAACCCCACAGGAGCAAUACAUAGCAGACACAUCUCAGCCUUCAACAUCUUGUGUUAUCAGUGAUGUCAACAAAAUUAUCUUUGAUCUGUAG